CAGCGUAUGCGUGUUACAGUCCAAGUAGUUCACCGUGUACGAAUACAACGUUAACAUGUAAAGAAGGUCAGGUGAUUACUAUGGAAGGAAAAAAAGAUAACAUCACAAUUGGACGUUCUGGUAAACAAUGUGAAAGUGAAACAGAAUGCAACACUGAUGAAUGUUGUCAAUCAUCAUCAAUUGAUGAAACAACUACUGCUCUUUUUAAAGAUCGUGUUGAAGUUUAUGACAGAUGUUCCAAUCAACAAUCGUGUAAUGUGACCUCGCCUUAUGUUAAUAAUACAGAUUAUGGUUAUAUAAAGUAUUCCUACUACUGUAUAGACGAUCAACAGAAUAUAAACAUUAGAAAUGAUAUUGAAGACAGUUUUAAAGGGGAUAUCUACAUCCAUCUCAAUGGAUCAUCUGGAUCUUGGCUACCACGAUGUUGUCAAAUCACCAGCUUUGUUACUAUAACUGUAAAUAGUUAUUAUAUCAACCUGGGUGCUGAAUCCUGUCGGGGGAUUAAAAUAAACAACCAGACCUUAUUUAACUGUAGUACAGAAAAUAGAUUGAUUAGGUUACGUAAAAAGUUGAUUUCUGGUGUAGAAAUUGAUAUCGACAUUCUACAAUUUGAACCACAAGACCUUAUAUGGAUAAACCUACAUAUAGAUCCUAGGUCUCAGAUAAAUGUACGAUGUCGUUCUUGUAAUUCAUAUGAAACAUCUUCACAGGAAACAACUUCAAACGGUACAGAUAUAACUACAGCAUUGUCACACACCACCACCUCGCCUAAACAUAGAUGUAAAUAUAUUUAUGCUCUGUCUGGUUUCCUGAUUUUAACCAUAAUAUUGUCCGUGUUGCUAAGUAUUGUCAUUGUGUGUUUACUCAGGAAACAACAAGUCAAUAAAUGCUUAAAAAUGAAUUGUACAGAUGCAAGGAAUAGUAAUAUUAUUAUUGACGGUUCCCAAUACCUAUCUAAUAAAGCUUACUAUGAAGCAAUAAAUGGCCAUCACUAUGAAGAUAUAUUAUAAAACAAAUAAAAUCACAUUGUUCACCCUGGAAACAAGACGGUGUUAUUUACCUUUAUAACAUAUGGCAUAAGGAAGUGAAAUUAAUAUAUGCCUAAGUUAAAAAUUACGCGUAUGAAUUGAAUUCAAAGGAUUGGUUAGUUUGGCUUUU